GGUUUAGUCACUCGAAAGUGUCGCCCGGUCCUGUGGGGUUUUGGACAAUGGUUAGCAGGACGUCCUGUGGGGCCCGCCACGGAAAAUGUCGCCGGCGUGACCUGCUGCGGCGGGUGAGGCGACGGGGAGAUGGGGGAGGAGGAGGAGGAGGAGGAGGAGGAAGGGUGAGGAGAGCAGCUGCAAGAUUGAGACUGCAGCUGCCACACUUGGCUCUUCAGCGUCUGAGCGUGCUCAGAGCGGGACUGCGCGGCUCCGCCUCCUGGCGUCGCUGGCCAAUCGCGUUCAUCUGGUACUUCCUGUCUGCCAGCGCGCUACAGCCGCUGGCCAAGAGGGUGGCGCUCUACCGCUCCUUCCCCACGCGUCUCUUGUCUCGGGCGUGGGGUCGAGUGAAUGGGGUGGAGCUUCCAACGUGGCUGCGCAAACCCGUCUACUCGCUCUACAUCUGGACGUUUGGGGUGAACAUGCAGGAGGCAGCGGUGGAGGACUUGCAUCAGUACAGGAAUCUGGGAGAGUUUUUCCGACGACGCCUCAAACCCACCGUGCGCCCGCUCUGCUCCUCCUCGUGUUUGGUGUCUCCGGCCGACGGCAGGAUCCUACAUUUGGGUCGCGUCAACAACUCGGAGGUGGAGCAAGUCAAGGGCGUCACGUACAGUCUGGAAAACUUCCUGGGGCCGCAGGAAGGGCGGGGCAACGACGCCACGCCUUCCUCCUUCAGGGACCGCCUCCUGACCAGUGCGGACAGCGAGCUGUUCCACGUGGUGGUCUACCUGGCGCCGGGCGACUACCACUGCUUCCACUCGCCCACGGACUGGAGGGUGGAGCUGCGGCGACACUUCCCAGGCUCGUUGAUGUCCGUCAACCCGGGCGUGGCUCGCUUGGUCAAAGAGCUCUUCUGCCUUAACGAGCGCGUGGCGCUGACGGGCCAAUGGCGACACGGCUUCUUCUCCCUGACGGCGGUGGGCGCCACCAACGUGGGCUCCAUCCGCGUCCACUUCGACCAGGAGCUGCAGACCAACGCCCCUCGCUACAGGAAAGGAUCUUUUCACGACCAGAGUUACGUCGCCGGGGGCAACCAAAUGUUAUCGAGGGAGGGGCUGCCCCUGCAGAGGGGGGAGCUGGUGGGCGAGUUCAACCUGGGCUCCACCAUCGUCCUCCUCUUCGAAGCGCCUAAAACCUUCGCCUUCAGCGUGCAGCCCGGGCAGAGGAUCAGAGUGGGGGAGGGGCUCGGUGCUCUCUGAUUGGCUGAGAGACUGUUGAACUCAUGAGGGGGAGGAGCUUAUUGUCUUGCUACGGAAUGGAACUUUUUACUCUGUGAGUGAGUGAGUGAGUGAGUGAGAAUGUCCACUGGAAAUCCUAUCAAAAAAGUCAAAGAUUUAUAUUAAUAAAUAAGUUUAAAAAAUCCAAAA